AUGGUUAUCGGUGGCUUCUCAGUGCGAUCGUUCAAGCUCUUCGGAGCAUUCUUUCUCUUGAAUCUACUCCCUUAUGCUAUCUGUGUAGUUGGACCCCAGGAGCUUCCUGAUCUGGGAACAGUGCUCAGCAGAGAGCAAGAUCUUUCAACUUACUACGAACUCAUCAAGAAAUAUCCCCAAAUCCUACUGCAGCUCCCAACCUCGGGAGGCAUCACCCUGAUUGCCCCCUCCAACGCCGCAUUCGCCAAUAUUCCCGGCACGCCGCUUAACAGCCUCUGGGCAGCGGACAAGCCCGAGGUCGCGGUGCCCAUCCUGCUGUACCACGUGCUCGCGUCCUCACUCUCGGCGCGAAGUCUGGCGGUUGGGACGCCCGUGUACGCCCCGACCCUGCUCCGGGACCCGGCGUGGACGUCGCUGGGAGCCGGGGGCCAGGCAAUUCUGGUCAACAGACAGCCCGGCAACGUCGUCGUGUUCGUGUCCGGGGGCGGGACGCGCAGCACGCUUAAGAAAGCCGACAUCGCGUUCAAGGGCGGACUCGUCCAGAUCGUUGAUAAUCUGCUAAUUCCGCCGGGCCCGCUGAAUGUCACGCUGGCCUCAUUCCAGGACUUGUCGUUCCUGGGAGCGUUGUAUGCCGCCGGCUUGUACGACGAGCUGGCAGGCCAUGGCGGUGGUGCUACAAACGGAACGGAGAGGAGUAGCAAUUACACCAUCUUCGCGCCGUCUAUUUCCGGGUUCCAGGCUGUGAACACGACAUUGAGCAACCUCACCCGCGAGGCACUCGCAGCCGUCAUGCGGUACCACGUAGUUCCCUCGCAGGUCCUGCCGUCGACGGCGCUGAUCAACGCCACAAACCACAACACACUCGCAGCCGCUUCAGAUGGGCAAGGCACCCAGCUUCACGUCCACCGCGCCGGCAACAACCUCUAUAUCAACAGCGCACAGGUCAUUCAGCCGGACAUCCUGUGGGCCGGGGGCAUCAUCCACAUCAUCGACAACGUGCUUAACCCGAACGUGCCGGACCCGGUUCCAGACCCGGAGCUCAGCGUGCAGCGGCCCGUGUUCGAGGGCGCCGUCGACGACGUCGCGACUCUCUCCGAGACCAGCCUCCCCUUCACGGCGGCUCUGCCGUGCUCAGUGAGCUGUCCCGUGGCGAGCAUCGCGACUGUCCCGAGGACGACUUCGAGUACUACUGUAGGUACAAGCAGCAGCAAGGCUCUUGCCGCGCGGUGUACGGGGAGUAGUGGAGCCCCAGGCGUGAUGAAUGCGGUAGCGGGAGCAGCGGCGGUUGGUGUAGUGCUAGGAAGCGUAUAA